UCAUCAGGUACAGUCAGCACUACUGCUGAAGCUGCUACAGCAGGAGUACAGGGAAGAUUUAGGCAUGGCAGUGGAGAUUGGAUGGUUUAUGGCAGCAGCUUUGGACAUAGAAGACUGAGCUUAUCCAGCACAGGGAGUGAAGAAAGCUCGUCAGUGGCCACAGACCCCGUGACAAGCCAAGCAAAAACAGGGAGGUUUGGUAGUAGAGGGAGUGGAGAGUGGACAAUUUAUGGAGGUAGUCUUAGACGUAAAAGUAGUGUAGAUGCUGGCACUACCUUACCCAGUGAAGGGAACAAAGAUAGCCCAUCAGUGGCCACAGACUCUGUGACAAGCCCACCAGAAACAGGAAGAUUCGGCAGCAGAGGGAGCGGAGAGCGGGUGGUUUAUGGAGGCAGUCUUGAACAUAAGAGCAGUGUGGAUAACCGUGUUAGCUUACCCAGCACAAGGAGUGAAGAAAGCCACUCAGUGGCUAUGCUCCCUGCAAAAAGUCAACCAGGGGCUGGGCGGUUUGGCAGCAGAGGAAGUGGGGAGUGGAAAUUUUAUGGUGGGAAUACUGGACAUAUGAGCAGUAUAGCUGUCAGCUUACCCAAUGCAGAGAGCAAAGAUAGCCCGUCAGUGGUCACACAUCUAGCCACAAGCCCACCAGUUGCUCAAGGAGGAAGGUUUGGCAGUGGAGGGAGUGGGGAGUGGAGAGUUUAUGGUGGGAGUAGUGGACGUUUGAGUAGUGUUGGUAGCAAAGACAGAGCCAGCACUAAUGAUGGCCUAGUGAUCAGUCCACCAAGUAGCUACACAAGUAGUGGGCCAAGACUUAGUAGUGCCGGGAGUGGCGGCAGGCUCAGCUCAAGUAGUGUUGUUAGGCGCAGUAACAGUGUAGGAAGUGGUGGGAAGUUAAGUAGCUCAGGUAGCGGUGGCAAACUCAGUAGCUCACCUGGCAGCCGGAUUAGCAGCUCUGGAAGACCGACUAGCACUGGUAGUGGUGAAUGGAAACCUGUUUACAGCUCAGCUAGCGGACGGAGGAGCAGUGCAGGGAGCAUAGGACGAACAGUUGGAGGGAGGACAACAAGCAGCCAAAGAGCCCCGAGCCCAGGGGGGAGGAUGAAUCUCAGCGGGGGCAGCGGUGGAUGGCUGAACACCUCAACAGCGGGUGGGAAUCGCAUUAGCAGUGCUGGGAGUGGGUCUAAACUCAGUGGCCCAGGUAGCAGCGACAAAAUCAGUGGCCGAGCUGGAGGAAGGAUCAGCAGCUCCUCUGGGUCAGGAAGAACCAAUAGCAUGGGGGGGAGGGUCAUCAGCAGCAGCGACCGGCCAAUCAGGAGCACCGGCAGCGGAACUGGAGGCAACAAGCAGCGAAUCAGUGUUUGUAAGAUGGCAGCGCUGUCGAUAUCAGCGGCAGGAAGGGAGAGAAGUCAGGAUAGACAAACACAAGCUCAAAGACAACAACAUCAACAAGAGGCUGCAGGUGCCUCUCCUCUCGUCCAGCGUUGGUUGACCACAGGCAUCGGGGUCACAAGCACCGAGCCUGAUAGCGUUGAUGACAUCAUGCAUCUCUGAUUGGCUAACUGACAUCAUGCUUUAA